CAGUGCAGCAGUGUUGCACAGCGCAAAAAACCACGUAGCGAUUUUAACUUUUAGCGAAAGUUAAACGAAAAAAAAAACUCAAAGUCGGCAAACCACUGGUUAAGAUAAAACCACCCUAUAUCUUAUCAGUACGCCUUCACUCCCAAUUCAAUCCGAUUCACUACCGGGCGGCUAUUUCUUCUUCGGAUUGAGCAUUACGUGUGCGUGAACGUUGGCUUUCCAUUUCAUUCUUGGAUCGGCCGGCCAGCUUGAUAACACCGGUGCAUAGUGAAAAUAGAGGGCACUUUAUAAUUAAGACCCGACCUCCGUGAUAAAUUAAAGGCAAUUGUCCGCAGCACAAAAAUGACGGAUCUUAUCAGGCAGGGAGCGCUUUUCCUUAUGAGCGAGAAGUGCUAUGAUAACUACUUCCUGGAGCACAACUUCCUGGACAUUCCCUGCUUUAAGGCAUUGCUUAGCAAAGGCCUGGGAUUGGCCAUUAUCGCAGGAUCCGUGCUGGUAAAAGUGCCCCAGGUGCUGAAGAUCCUCAACAGCAAGUCCGGCGAGGGCAUCAAUAUAGUUGGCGUGGUGCUCGACCUGCUGGCCAUUUCCUUCCACUUGUCCUACAAUUUUAUGCAUGGUUAUCCGUUUAGCGCCUGGGGUGACAGUACUUUCCUGGCUAUCCAAACCGUCGCGAUUGCCGUCCUGGUCCUGUUCUUUAACGGUCGCAAAGCUCAGUCUGGGCUCUUUCUCAUCGGUUAUUUGGUGCUGAUGUACGUCCUUAAUUCGGGUCUAACGCCCAUGUCAGUCCUGUUUACCAUCCAGAGCUGCAACAUUCCCAUCCUGUUGGUGGGCAAGUUAUCGCAGGCGUACACCAACUAUCAGGCUGGUUCCACAGGCCAGUUGUCCGCAGCCACAGUGAUAAUGAUGUUCGCAGGGUCGGUGGCCCGCAUCUUUACGUCCAUCCAGGAGACGGGUGACGCCAUGAUCAUCCUCACUUUCAUUGCGUCCACCUUUGCCAACUCGGUUAUACUGGGCCAGUUGAUCUACUACUGGAACAAGCCCGCUGGUGCCGUCAAGGAUUCAAAGACCAAGAAGCAGAAGCCCAAGAGCAAGAAGGAUGAUUAGAAAGGAUGUAGGAGUAGUAAAAGAAAAAAAGAUUUGAACUCGAAACUUAAGUUGCAACAACUUCUCGAUAUUGUAGAACAAAUACGCAAAGUUUAAAUAAAUUCAGUCUUAGUUUA